UCAAGAAUCAUCGACUCGAGAUGGAAAACCUGGUUUCCAAGUAAAUGAACAUGCGGAAAUCAUGUGAGCAGUUAUACGUUUGUCCAAUUGGUUUUGGUCGUAUAGAAAGAUGUCCAAUUUGAAAACAGUGCAAGAAGAGAUCGAGAAAGCGUUAGCAGCAUCGCUGAAAGGACGAUUUGAUAAUAAUGCAAGUGAUCGUGAUUUGACGAAAUUUGAUGAUCGAGAUUUGCAAAUAUUGAGGAGAAAUGAUUCGGAAGGAGAGACUUAUCUUCGCUUAUUUAUACAGUCAAGACAAGGAGAUCUGGAGAAAGCUUAUAAAGCUAUGAAAGAAUCCUUGGAAUGGCGAAAAACGUAUGGAAUCCGAGACAUUCAAGAAGAUUGGUUCGAAGAAAACACUGUGAAAGAAGUUCUGGCAGAAGGAAUCUUAUUCUAUCACAAUGUUGAUAAAAGAAAAAAUCCUAUAUUGAUAUUUCAGGGUAAUAAUUAUAAGUAUAAAAAAGAUAAAAAGAAGGAAGAAGUGCUGGAAAAACUGUUUGCGUAUCUUUUGGAAAAACAGAACCAAAAAAAUUUUGGAAAGCAAAUUUUGGUUAUUUGUGAUCAUCACGAUGCGAAAUUGGACCAUAUAGAUUUGAACUUCUUCAAGUUUGUCGUUGAUUUAUUCAACAUUUACUACCCUAAUUUACUCGACUCAUUUCUGGUCGUGGAUGUUUCAUGGCGUGUUUCUUCUGCUUGGAGGAAUAUACAGCAGUGGCUUGGGCCGGCUACGUCACCUAAGUUUAAAUUUGUCGACAAGGCUCAACUCCUUACUUAUGUUGAUAAGUCGAAACUUCUUACUUCACUAGGAGGAACGGAUAACUAUACCUACAAAUACCCUCCGGAAAAUGGAACUCAAAAUCCUUUUGAUCCAUCGGUUGGUGAAGUUGGUGGAGAUAUGGACAGCCACGGUCCCUUCCAAGACGCUAUCGACCAUGAAGAGAGAAUUGGAUCAAUUAGUCCCGAGGAAUCAUCGCAAGAAAUUACACGUUUAACUUCAGAAAGCAUGGGAGCAAAGGGAUCUCAACUCAGAAAUCGUCGUCGUCACGAUCAAAACCUUGAACAGGAUUCAUCCAGUGAAGAUAUUCCUCCAAUGGACGAGGAAAUCCCGGGUGAACUCACUGUCAGCCCGAAAGAAGAAAUCUUAUUCCAAGAAAUCGUAGGUUCAAGUGAGAUUCAAGGAGCAAUAAAGCUCGAGAAUAAUUCUCAGAACGGAAUUAUAUUUAAGAUCAAAACUAACUCUGCUGCAAACUUUCGUGUUAAACCACGUCUUGGAGCAGUUAAGCCUGGUGCACAAGAAGUAAUAACAGUCUUGCUUCUUCUUAAGAGAGCUGAGGGAAGUCAAGAAAAGCAUCAAUGGAACAAAGAUAAAUUUCUUAUUUUAUACGCUGAGCAUCCUCCUGACGAAAUUACGAGUGAGACUGAUAUUUCUGAGCUAUGGAAAGCCAUUCCAAGAUCAUCUAUGAGGGAAUACAGGUUAAACUGUCGGGUAUUGGAUGUAGACGGUUUAGAAAAGAGGCCAAAAACAAUUGAUGACGCGGUAGAAAUGAACUUAAAGUUACAAAAACAAAUUAUUGAACUACAAACAAAGAUAAACAACUUUCAGAACCCUCUUGCAGAUAUAAAGAAGCAAAUUCAUCAGCUCAUAUUGGGGCUUAUUAUUUCGCUAGCCAUAGUUAUUUUAUUAUUGCCUUUAGUAUUUUAUUUCUUUCGUUGAAUGGCAACGCAUUAUGCAUAAGAGUUUUAUGGUUGCUUUGUAAUUGAAGGCAUGCAGGAAUGUCGUUGCCUUAGGAUUGGAUCCGUGGUAAAGUUUGUGGUAAAUUUUGGGUAGGAACGUGUUGGUACCUACCUAUAUACGAACAAGCUUUGCUGUUAUUUGAUGUAAUACAUUGAAUAAGAAAACCCCCUACCACACUUACUAUUCAUAUAUGUUCGCUUCUAUUCAAUAACUAAAGAUCGCAGGCCUCUGGGAGUUAUAAGGUCACGUUUUUUAUACACAGGGUGUAUUUUUCUAUUUGCACUGUACAUUAUAACAUGAACUGUUAA